AUGGAUACUCUUCCUUCAUCUCUCAUUUUAAAUAACUCUCAUGAUAGAGACAAGCCUUCUAAAUGUAAGAAAGCCACUCCUGAGGCCUCCUUCCUCACUCAACAUGUAAACACUCACAGUGGGGAGAGGCCUUAUGAAUGUAAGGAGUGUGGGAAAAGUUUUAACGAUUCCUCAGGCCUGACUGAACAUCAAAGAAGCCACAGAGGACAGAAGCCUCAUGCAUGUAGGGAGUAUGGGAAUGCCUCAGCUCUCACUGUACAUCGAAGAAUCCACAGUGGAGAGAAGCCAUAUAAAUGUAAGGAAUGUGGUAAAACCUUUAGUGCACCCUCAGCCCUCACUGCACACAGAAUAAUCCACAGUGGAGAGAGGCCUUAUGAAUAUAAGGAGUGUCCAACAGCCUUUACAGAAGCCUCAAGCCUCAGAAAACAUGGAACGUUCCACAGUGGAGAGAGACCCUAUAAAUGUAAAGAAUGUGGAAAAGCAUUUGUGUUAUCCUCAGGCCUCACUGUACAUAUGGGAAGUCAUAGUGCAGAAAAGCCUUAUGAAAUUAAGGAAUGUGGGAAAACUUUUAUUGAUUCCUUAGCUCUGGCUGCACAUAGAGGAACCCACAGUGGAGAGAAGCCUUAUGAAUGUAAGGAAUGUGGCAAAGCCUUUAGCGCAGUCUCAAAACUCACAAGACAUACAAGAAUCCACAGUGGAGAGAGGCCCUAUAAAUGUAAUGAGUGUGGGAAAGCCUUUUGUCAGAAGUCAGGCCUCACUACACAUAUAAGAACUCACAGUGGAGAGAGGCCCUUUGAAUGUACGGAGUGUGGGAAAGUCUUUAGUCAUAAGGGAAGCCUCACUGGACAUAUACGAACGCACAGUGGAGAGAGGCCAUUUGAAUGUAUGGAGUGUGGGAAAGCCUUUAGUCAGAAGUCACACCUCACUGGACAUAUACGAACUCACAGUGGAGAGAGGCCCUUUGAGUGUAAUGUAUGUGGGAAAAAGUUUAAUCAGUCUUCAAUCCUCAGUUUACAUAGAAGUAUCCACAGUGGAGAGAGGCCCUAUGAAUGUAACGAGUGUGGGAAAACCUUUAGAUUACCGGCAAUCCUCACUGCACACAGAAAAAUAAUACACAGUGGAGAGAAGCCCUAUGAAUGUAAAGAGUGUGGGAAAGGCUUUAGUAAGGCGAAAUCCCUCACCAAACACAGAAGAAUUCACAGUGGAGAAAGCCUCUAG